AUGUACUGGAACUGGGUCAAGGUGCAGAGAAGCACGCGGACCCUUCCCUGGGAGUCCUCUUCAGCCAACAACAACAGCAACUUCCUCCCCUACCAACACUAUAACACCUACCAUCCUGACCAGUCCCAGAGACACCAGGCCUCCAAGCACCACAAAACCUCUCCCAACAACCCCCCUCUAGGCUCAUCCUUCUCUCCUACCUCAAUGAGUGCGUACAGUCUGAGCUCUCUCAACAUGAGCACCCUGCCCAGGAACAUGUACCCCACCAGCCCCAGAGGAACCAUGACCAGGAGGAAACUCAAGAAGAAGGACUUCAAGAGCUCACUGUCUCUGGCUAGCAGUACCCUGGGUCUAGCAGGUCAGGUUGUUCACACUGAGACAACUGAGGUGAUUCUGGUCAGUGACUCUAUCAUGGGGUUUGGCAUCCAGCUACAGGGGGGGGUGUUUGCCACAGAGACCCUGUCCUCACCCCCGCUCAUCGGCUAUUUGGACCCAGACAGUCCUGCAGAGAGGUGCGGGAUUUUGCAGAUAGGUGACCGUAUCCUGUCUAUAAACGGGAUCCCUACAGAGGACAGCACCUUGGAAGAGACCAAUCAGCUACUGAGAGACUCCAGCAUCACCAGCAAGGUCUCGCUGGAGAUAGAGUUUGACGUGGCAGAGUCAGUCAUCCCUAGCAGUGGCACCUUCCAUGUGAAGCUACCAAAGAAGCCUGGGGUGGAGCUGGGGAUCACCAUCAGCUCUCCGUCCAGUAGGAAACCUGGGGACGCUCUCAUCAUCUCCGACAUCAAGAAGGGCAGCGUGGCUCACAGGACUGGGACUCUGGAGCUGGGGGACAAGCUGCUGUCCACCUCUAAACCCUGGUCUGUGUGUUUCUCCCCCCAGGACUGGGACUCUGGAGCUGGGGGACAAGCUGCUGUCCACCUCUAAACCCUGGUCUGUGUGUUUCUCCCCCCAGGACUGGGACUCUGGAGCUGGGGGACAAGCUGCUGUCCACCUCUAAACCCUGGUCUGUGUGUUUCUCCCCCCAGGACUGGGACUCUGGAGCUGGGGGACAAGCUGCUGUCCACCUCUAAACCCUGGUCUGUGUGUUUCUCCCCCCAGGACUGGGACUCUGGAGCUGGGGGACAAGCUGCUGUCCACCUCUAAACCCUGGUCUGUGUGUUUCUCCCCCCAGGACUGGGACUCUGGAGCUGGGGGACAAGCUGCUGUCCACCUCUAAACCCUGGUCUGUGUGUUUCUCCCCCCAGGACUGGGACUCUGGAGCUGGGGGACAAGCUGCUGUCCACCUCUAAACCCUGGUCUGUGUGUUUCUGUCCCCAGGACUGGGACUCUGGAGCUGGGGGACAAGCU